GAUGCUCAACCUCCUCCUCUCAGUAUUGAAGUAACUAAAAUGAGAGAUCUUCCAAACAAGUCAAAACCAUGGAGUGAUGUCCAGCUCCCUGUUGACAUUCUCUUGUUGGCAGUGGAAGACUGCGAGUUCUUGGCUUGUUAUACAUACUUGACAAAUGCUUUUAAAAGUUAUCAUGUGAAACUUGGACAUGUAUACUUUGGCACGAUGGGUGAAAGUGGAGAGGAGUCACUGAAAGUUGCUUUGAUGAGAUGUUCUAAAGGUUCUUCUGGUCCAAGUGGUUCUUUAGUUACCAUCAAAAAUGCAGUGGUGCAACUGAGACCCAAAGCUGUGUUUUCUGUUGGCUGCUGCAUUGGUUUAAACCAGAAAGGCACCAACUUAGGAGAUGUGGUUGUAUCCUCUACACUAACAACUGAUGAAUUCACAGCCCCUGUAAGAAGGAAUAUUGCCAACCUGAUCAGAUUUUCAACUGAAGGAUGGAAUCCUCCAUUAAAAGAUCCAGCAGCUGAAGAACAAGUACAGGUACACCGUGACAGCAGCAUAUUGAGUGGUAUUAAUGAGCCAGCCAUUGCCAAACAAUGCCGUAAGUCAGAGUCUCAUAUGGUUGCUUCUGAAAGGGAAGGAGAAGGUAAGAUUUUGUUUAAAUCACUNGGUUUAAACCAGAAAGGCACCAACUUAGGAGAUGUGGUUGUAUCCUCUACACUAACAACUGAUGAAUUCACAGCCCCUGUAAGAAGGAAUAUUGCCAACCUGAUCAGAUUUUCAACUGAAGGAUGGAAUCCUCCAUUAAAAGAUCCAGCAGCUGAAGAACAAGUACAGGUACACCGUGACAGCAGCAUAUUGAGUGGUAUUAAUGAGCCAGCCAUUGCCAAACAAUGCCGUAAGUCAGAGUCUCAUAUGGUUGCUUCUGAAAGGGAAGGAGAAGGUAAGAUUUUGUUUAAAUCACUGAUUUUGGAACAGUUAUAAUUUUAGGUAUAUGCAGUGUCUGGAAAUUGAAUUUUACUAAGUUGCAUGACAAUAGUGAUCCAACAAAAGCCUGACCAUGGUACCACAGUUUGUCAUUGGUACAGUGUAACUGCAUGUUUGAAUGUAUUAAUUUAGCUGUGUUGUUGUUGUGAUGUGUGACUGCAGGUGUAUGACAGAACUUUAGAUCACAUUUAUUGCCACACUGUGUCAACCAUGUCUGACCAUCAUGUUGUUUUCAUGGCUACAACUAUUCAGUUAUUUCACUUACUUUUAACAGUAAAUGUUCGUGUUGAAUAACUAAGAAAUUAAGUUAAAAUAAAGUUGAUGCUUUGUGUUUGUCAGGUUCAACCACCCUAAUCUGAGAUCAGGCUCAAUUUUCGUUUCACUUUGUAAAUAUUAACAUUCCGGUGCGCAUUAGGCGAAACAAAAAGAGAGCCUGAUACAAACCUUUUACAAAACAGCUGCUGCCCACUUUUUUGACUGAUUGACACUUGCCGACUCAGCCAACCAAAAUUACUUCCGUUGCUUGUUUUUUUUAGUAUGCAAAUUUUCCAUACGUGGGAAAGAUGCAGACUCGCUGAUUUAAAAAAUAGCUUUUAUCUUUUAAUUUUUUCAACUAAAACUAAAACAGUCACUACAAUCACAUUUACCUUCUUGCAAGAUUAAAGGAGAUCUCGAAGGUUAUUUCUGUUGGCGUAGAAGGUAAAAAGUUUUUUUAAAGACGGCGACACUAGAUGUUAUAUAGUUUUAACAUUUUGGCCGGGCACACUCGAAUUUAAAAUACUGAAAUUUCUUUUUUCCUGUUGCCUUUAUAUUUUCCUUGAUUUUCAGUACAUAAAUCUUUAAAACUCGUGGAGAAAUAUAUCGCAAACUUUUUCAAAGGAUAAAUAAAUUAUCUCAGAACAGCAAGUUCUCAAGUGCAUUUAAUUUAGCCGAUUUAUUCCCGUGGGUACACUUGCAAUUUGUGAAUUUACUAGAGAAACAAAUGUCUAAAAAAAUAUAUUUUUUUAUAAAUCCAUUUAAAUAUUAUCACUUUGGAAAGACAAAACGACACUACUAAAACUGCAUGCUCAACUGACCUAUAAACAAAGUGAAAAACAAUAGUACAAACACACUUUGAAGUUCUCCUUUAAUUAGUUGGGUUGUUGUUUUACUGCAGGUCUGAAAAGCUCGCUAAAUUUAUGUAUCGAAAUUAACAAACAGCAAAAACAGCCAACGAGCGAGGACACCAGUUUCCCUGGCUUAUUUUUUACAAAAAGCGAAGGCAAACAACAAGCCUGAGCGCCACUAGCUUUUAUGAUAAAGCCUACAAAAAUUCCUUGAACAGGAAUGCAAUAUUUUUUGUCUAAUACGUACUUCAUAGUUGGCAAUUGAGGUUUCUUUCGCAAUGAGCCUCCACUUCCGUACCCCGUCCAGAGAAGUCAUUCCCAGCUAAACUUUCAAAUGAAACAAGUUUUAAGAUGGACAGUAUUUUGAUUUGCACUCAUUUGUUAGUAAAUCAAAAGGCACCUUGUUCGCGGUCAGCAACUUGCAGAGGGAUUCAUCUCUGCAAUACACUCACAUUAGUUCCGCAAAUAAAGCAAAUCCUGAGAAGAUAUGAACAACCACCUGUUUUUUCGGAAUUUCCAUGGCACGUAGGGCAUAUUUUUCUAUCAUAAGACCAUAAAACAGUAAAAAAGACAGCAAAAUUGAUCCUUCUCCCUGCCGACGGCAGAUAAUCCACAAAAACAACCAUGCCAGGAAUAAGUGCUUUCAACUUCUAGUGAUUCCAACAGCUAAUCAGAUCUUGUGGCAUUGUUCUAACAGCCAGUCAGUGUUGCGGCCAAAAACUGGCUGCAGCGAGCACAAACUUGUGAGAGUUUGUAUCAGGCCUCUCUCCUCCCCAGAGGCCUCUUUGUGUUGUGGGGGGGGGGGGGGGGGGACCCCCCCCGUGCCCCACCUUCUCCCCCCCCCCCCCCCUCCUCUUUUUCCCCUCUCCCCUUUCCCCCCCCCCCCCCCCCCCGUGCUUUUUAUUGUUUUGAUUAUUGCUAUUUUUAUAGAGAUACCCAGUGGGAGCCUCUCCCGAGGAGAGAGGUAUCAGGCCCAACUUUUAGCGGUAGCCAUUAGAGACAAUGUAUAAGAACUGCUAAAAUUGGGACUGAUCUCAGGUUACAACCACCCUCACCUUUGUAUGACUGGUUUAUAUUUUUACUUUUUAUUGAUAGGACUGUUUGCUGCAGCACAUGAUUUGAACCUUGAAUGGGUGAUUGUUAAAGGGAUAUCACAUUUUUCUGAUGAUAGCAACAAUCCCAAUGAGUCCUGGAAGUCAUUUGCUUCCAUCAUGGCAGCUUCUCUUGUGUCCAACAUGUUAAGUGAUCCAGUUGUUUUUAAAGAAUGGCCUCACUAUGAAGGUAUGUAACCUCCUUUUUCCGCUGUUUGUUUGUUAAUAGUGAAUUUUCUGCUCAGAUAUAUUUAUUUAUCUAUACAGAAAAAAAAGUUGCAGUUUUUGUUAAAAAGGUUAUAACAUUUAACAUUGACUACCAGAAAUUUCUACAAUACUAUAGAAGAUGCUGUUUUAUAGUUCUUUAACACUGCUAGCCUCCACUUCCCCUUCACUCUCUGAGGAAGUUAAAGUUGACUGUAAGAGUAGUAACGGUAGUUACCUGCCUUACAAUAUCUGAGGCAUUUAAAUUAUUUUGAGAAAAAUUAUAAAUAAAUCCUUCAAAUUACCUGAUCCUAGUGCCUGAAAAACUGCUAGAAGAUAAAAAAGAUGCACCAUGUUAUUAACUGACAAGAAGAUAAAAAAAUUAAAGAACAGGACAGUUAAACUCUUUUGUUUUCUUUGUAGAUGUGUCAGCAAACAAGGAUUCCUCAACCUUACCAGGUACUACUCUGUCCAAGUAAAGUUAUGAGUACUCAGUCCAAGUAAAGUUAUGACGAAUUCUAGCAAACUGAAGUAGUUAUUUGUUAAUACUGGUUUUAGUACAACCACCUCUUUUCAUAUUUGCAGUCUGUACAAUAGUAACAAUUAAUUCUCUUACUUUUGUUGAGAAGUAAUGACCAGUAUAUUUGAAGCCUUUCACCUCUCGUCUUCCCUUUUAAAUCUUUUAAUAGUAUCUGAAUGUCACUCGAUCCUUUUAAUUACCUUAAAAACAACUUGACUCCUUUCUUGAAUCUCAAAUCUAACCCCUCCACAACAAGGAAAGGAAAUUGAGUAAUUUUUUAUUUUCAGUAGACAAAAACCUUGUACCACAAUAAUUUCAAUUUGACACUUUUCGAGGGCUAUAAAUGUUAUACGUUAUAUGAAAUAACUCCAAAGAAACAGUUCUUAUGGGAGCAGGGAAAAACAAACUUCAAAAGCUUCAAAUUUCAUAAAACAGCGCUCAAAAUUUAAAAAAUCCUGAGGUCGCCUUCUGGUGACCAACUGAAGAAAUAUAGUCACCAGAUGCAAAUUUUUAGUCGCCAGUAAUUGUAUAAUGUAAAUGACGCAGCUCAUAAUAUGGUGCAAUCUAUCAGAUUUGAUUGUUUGAAAAUAUCACGGACAGAAGUCAGUAUAAAUUUGGAUGUAAACUGGCUUUGUGUAUGCAAUUUGGCACAUUUUUUUAUGACGAAAGCAAAGCAAGUUAAGUAUGAAAUGUUUGUUUAACUUUAAUCUUUUACUUUAAAUCUAAAUCAAAGAAAAAUCCGGUUGCUAAAGUGGCGACUAAACCAGAAUUUUUAGUUGCCAAGGAGAAAAUGUUAGUCGCAUUGGCGACCAUAUUAGUUGCAAUUUUGAGCUCAGCUAAGGCUGCAUUCAUUAUGUAUACAGCAGGGGGGAGGGGCGGGCAGAGGAUAUUUUUUAAAUGGGCAAAAUUUUUUAAAAUCUCCCCCAUAUCAUACAGAAUUUUUUCACAGCCCCCCUUUCACAGCCCCCCUUUUGACCAAAAGAAAGAAUGGGCACCCCGCCCCUCCACUGCCCAGUCUUGACAAGGACAGAAGAGGAUAUAAAGGUACAAGCACUCUACUUUUUUGAGGCCCAAAUUCCAUCUCAAAGCACUUCGGCAACUGAGGGGACUGACUAUCUUUAGUGGGGAUUCUCUUGAACAUGUAGAUUCAGCUAUUCAUUAUUUAGAGAAGCAAAGUGUUGUUGAUGUUCAUGUUGAUGAUGUUAAGUAACAUUCGUCAGCACUGACACAUUAUUCAAGUUAUUUAUGCUAUUUGAGCCAUCAAGCACUUUAAGGCAUUCCCAUGUUAACUUGUUUGCAAAGGAAUACUAAUUAUAAAAUACUUUGUAUGCCUGUUAUGUUAGUUUGUGGAGCUCUAUUUCAGUCCAUUUAUUAGUCUUUGUUUUUUAGUAAGUGGAGGAAAAAAAAUUAGCAAUCCCCCCUUCAUCUGUCAAAAAAUCCUCCCCCCUCCCCCUUGCAGUAUACAUAAUGAAUGCAGCCUAAAGAAUCUUAUGCAUGAUGAUUUUGCCUGUGUUUCUCAAUUCCUGUGAAAUUUGAAAUUUGUUUUCUCGGGCUCCCUAAGAAUCUUUUCUUUGGAGUUAUUUCGUAUAACUUAUUACAUUUAUAGCCCUUGAAAAGUGUAUAAAAGAAUGCAAUAUGACUUAAUAUAUCCUGGUACAUGUACAUGGUUUUUGUCCACUGCAACUUAAAAUUACCCAAUUUCCUAAUGGGUUCUGUCUUAAUUUCCUGGGGCUAUUUUUUUUUUAGCAAAAGUUCUCUUAUGCAUCAGUGAUUAAGAAAUAAUGUGUGGUUAUGUGUGGCCCAUAAUCAUCAGGCUUCUUACAUCUUAAUAUAAAAGGUUCUUAUAUUCUCCCUUCCCUUACUUUCAUUAUUAAUAAAAAGUUUUGUUGCAUAAUGCUCGGUCGUUAGUUAAGUAGUUUCUUAAGGCUGCCCGAUCUUCAAAGUGGUGAAACCCUGGAAAGUGCAUUUUUUUUUUAUCUGAUCAUAUUUGCAAGGUGGCUGCUUUUUAAUACCCCUGUCUUAGAUUUGACGCCAUAACAAAGAAAUUGUUUAAGACUUGUGAAAAAUUCUUAACAGAUUCUGUAUGCCUCAAAGAGUGCCAGAAAAAGCUGCGAUCCCUUUAUGAAACCAAAAACAGAGUCAAAAUCGUUCCAUGGGAACAAACCUCUGCUGUUGAUAUUAACAAGAUCUACACAGACUUGUCUUGGGUCAUGGAUGACAGGACACCCAGGGGAGUGGCAAAAGAAAAACUUAACCACUACACUGAGAUUUUUGUCCGCAGAGAACCUCAUCCUGCACCAAAGCGAAUUUUGGUUUAUGGACAGCCAGGUAAGUGAGGAAGUGAAGUAAGCUAGCAUGCAGGGUCUUUAUUUAACCGAAGAGUGACCACAUAAUAGCCGGCAAAGCUAACAAAUGAGUGGCUCUCAUUACACAAAAACAAGAAAAAUGGUAACCAGCAAAAUAAAUCCAUACAGGAUGUGGGAGAACACAGUCUGUAUUAAGCUUGUGUCAUGUGUAGGCUUUUUGAGUGUUUUGCCAAAUCCAAUUCAAGUGGGUUAAUUUAUUAUUGUUGCCAAAACCAAUGGGAAUUUUUUUCUUUUGCUUUAGUGGAUAAAUUAAACUGAAAGAGGAAACAAAGUUUUUCUGUUUUCUUUGAGGCUACCAGUUAAAUUUGAAACAAUUUAUCUGGUUAUAGAGCAAUCAGAUAUUAUGUUGUGGCUCAAUUUUAUCUGUAAGUUUCAUUUUGUAAAAUGUACAAUAAAAAACUAACAAAUAAAAAUAAAAAUUGAUCCAAGGAAAAAUUAAACUACACCCUUUACUAUAUUGUUCAGUGUUAGUUUGAUGUCAGUAAUUAUUACAGCACUCACAAGCCACAGGUGAGAGUUUGCUGUAACUAACUGCAGACUUUACUGAUACAACACUGCCAUGGAAAUUAUUACAUAUUGUACAUCCAAAUAUUCUUUUUUUUGCGGGUUACUUUAGCCCGAGCUGAAUCAAAGGAAGAGUUACAUAUUUAGCGAUUCAUUAAAAAUUCGUUUCUUUUGUCUUUUUCUUUCAUAUUUAUCUUCAUAUUUAUGAGUAAUUUUAAACUACUCAUUAAAUACCUUUCUUUUAAUAACAUACGCUGUAGUUCCAUUGUAUUGUUACUUCGAAUUAAAUUUUCCUUUGUUACAAACCCACUUAUCACAUUACUAUGCACUCAAAAGCAAUGGAGGAGAAACUCUGAAUCAAUAAUUAAAUUUAAUCACCACAUACUCUGGAUAUAAAAGUGACAUCAACAGCGAUGAAUAUAACUAUAAUCUUGUUAUGAUAAUAAGAUUGCAGUUCUUUAGACAAAGCUAAGAAUUCCAAAAUAUAUGCUCUCUUUUGAAGGCAAAAAACAAUCUUUUUGGAUUAACUUAUAUUAGGUGAAACCAAAUUAAAGACCCUCCAUGAAAAACAGACUAAUAUAAGGCCAUCCCCAUAAAAUGUUUCGUUUCCCAUCACCCUCCCUCUCGUGAAGGUGGGUCGGUCGGUCGGGUAAAAAAAAAGAAGAAAAAAGAAUGAACACAUGAUUGCAUAUUAAAUCUCACGUUUAGUCUGCAAGAUAUAAUCAGAUGGUAAAAGAUGUAUAUUAACAGGACUAUCAAAUGUCUAAAAAGGCUACAAAAACGAAGUAUCGAUAGUAGUAUAGGGCGCACCGGUUAGGCCUCUUUUUUGGGGGGGAAUCUCAUUAAGGUGGGGGGAAUAAAUUAACGUCGCUGACGUCAUAACCUUUUGUCUUGAUCUCACGAAUAAAAUGCGCAGGAAUCUCAUAAAGAUAAGGUCAUGUGCUAUUUUUAGAUGGAUGAUGUCAUGGUUGGUAUAACCGGUUUGACAGGUUUUAGUUAUUUUCGGAAGAUGAUGUCAUAUGUAUUGCGUGGUACUAUGAUGUCAUAGUUGUUUUGUUUGGUUGGCCGGAAUUAGAAAGACGCUCAUUGGCUGUCUCGUUUGACGAAGCAUUCUGGUUGGUUGCCGUAUUUUUUAUUGUUUGAACGGCAUAACAGCCUGCUCACUGCCAAGCGCAUUCUAAUUUGGAUUUCCUGCAUACUAAUUAAGUGUCGUCCUGCAUACUAAUUCGGUAUAGGUUUACUAAUGAGCGUUUCUCUACUACAAUAGGAACAAUAAGCUUGCCUAGACUUGCCCGGUAAGUAACUUAAUUAAAAGGAAAAUAAGAGCAAUCACCUAGCAACACGAGAAACAGCUUCCUAUAUCUUAUUUAGCGCUAAAACUCGGAUAUAUAUAAACAAGACAUACACAAAGGGGAGCUGAAACGCUUUAUUUCAAGUUUGUUUUAUCUCGAGGAAAUGAAAAACUAUUGAAGUCUUGUCAUUUUCACGCGUCGUUAGUUAGGUAAUUAUGCGAGUUCACAAGCCCAAAGUUGAAUACAAAUUAGCUCUACAGGAAAAACCUCGAGGGAGCAACCUUGACGUAUUAUUAUAAAACAAAUAACUUAACAAGGAUCAAUUAAAACACGCGACUCAUAAUUGCUAGCAAUAAAACGAGACAAGAGAGAUACCGUUUUAAAAAACUUUAUUAAAAACAAAAAGAGUCAAAUACACAGCGAUUUGGAAGGAAUGGAAAUUAGACCUCCUCUUCGUUCUCCUCUUUAAUUUAGAGGGUGAAUAAAAAUUGGUUUCCAACGUCUUGGCGUUUUUGUGUGUAAUUAAUCCACAAUCGUGACACCGAAGAAAGCCCUCUUUGAUAUAUUUUCUCUCCUCGGGGAUCUGGUGAUCGCAUAUAGGACAAAUCUUGUAGUUAUCGUGCCAAAAGCAUUUAGGACAUUUCAUGAUCAAUGUGAAGUACACAUUAGAGUUUUCGCAAUGUUCACAGGGACUUUUAGAGUGAAAGGCGGUGGACGUUUCAGGGCUACUACUUUCUAUUUCCUGACUGUCGUUUUCAGUGUCGUUGUCGCUCUCUUGGGUGUCUUCCGCUUCAACGCCAUUCUCAGAAGCCACUUCUUCCUCCUCCUCCUCCUGAUUUUCAAUAUCCGAUGAACUCUCCUCAUUAUUACUGUCAUUAUCGGAAGUAUUUUCUACAUUUCGAUAGCGUUUUUCCUUUUCUAUUAAAUCACUUAACAACUUUUUGUUCUUGAUUAAACCUUUAUCGAUUUUUAACUCUGCAAGUCCAUCUAGAAACGUAUUCAGCGCACGAGGCUUGGUAACCUCAUGGUUAUGAGGGAGUAACACAUACUCAACUAGCUCGGCGAUGUUUGUGACGGGAAUAGUGCGUUUAUUUCGAAGUAAUUGUCCGCUGGGAGUCCAAAAGAGAAUAUCUUUCGACGCGGCCAUACUAUGCAGCAAAUCAGAAGCACGCUUUUCCGACACUGCUCGGGAAAGAUGACUCAAAACAUCUUUUAUUCUUGGUUCUUCUUUUAUUCUUGGUUCUUCAUCCUCGCUUUCAUCACCAGAACUUUCGCUUUCUUCAUGUUCACUCUCGUGUUCUUCUUCAACCAAAUCUAUCUUUCUCUUCAUUUUGAUGAGUACCCGUGACAGACCGUAGCUUCAAAUGAGUAACAUAUAGUUUCGUUUCCUCUUUUAUAGCAUCAAAAAUCCUAGACUUGUAACAGCAGGUACCAAUAGGUCUUGAAUAAACCAUCACCCUCUUGUACAAGGAUUCGCUUCUUUGUUUUGUAAGGGACAUUUGUUUCUGCUAGGUUUACUAGAGCAUCCUUAUAUGGCAACACGUUCCGCUUAUUUUCUUCGGGGAUAAGAAUGUAUUCCUUAAGUAUAUUGCAUAAGACUUGGACUAAUGCAUGUAGUUGUUGUGGACUGGCUGUCCGUAAAAGAAACUGUCGCUGACGAGCAGGGCAAUCAGCUAACAGCUGAAGAAAACCACGAUUUAUGUUCACUACCAGGAGCCCAUAACCCGGAGCGUCUAACUUCCAUACUGCGCCUAUGCAACGGCGUUUUCACAAGUAGGUUUAUUUUUAGAUAAGCUUUUCCCGCGAAUUGCUUUCGAAAAGCCAAUCAAUGCGUCAUCAAUGAUAAACUUUUAAUACGUAACUAAGACAACUCCUUCACAUUGAAAAAAACAUGGCGGACACACGCGAGGAAUCUUCAGAGGAGUCUUGUGACAGUACUUCAAACGACAAUUUCAGUAUUUACACGGAAACUAGCAGUUCAGAAGAAGAUUUGCAAAACCUGGCCAGGACGUCUACUUCAUCGACGACAACUCAAAAUUCACGCAAAUUCCCUUUAAAAAUCGAAAUCGUCUUCGAAAUAGCCGACUGUGAAAAGGUCCAAGCGAGCUACUAACAGUCUAAACGAUGAUCAAAUGCAGGAAUUGACCUCGUGGAACAGUUAUUUUUCGCGGAAAAAGCUUAUCUAAAAAUAAACUCACUUGUAAAAAUGCUGUUGCACGAAUUUAUGGCAGUUGAACGCUCCAACCAGUUGAACGCUCCAACCAAUCAAAACAACUAUGACAUCAUAGUACCACGGAAUACAUAUGACAUCAUCUUCCGAAAAUAACUAAAACCUGUCAAACCGGUUAUACCAACCAUGACUUCAUCCAUCUAAAAAUAGCACAUGACCUUAUCUUUAUGAGAUUCCUGCGCAUUUUAUUCGUGAGAUCAAGACAAAAGGUUAUGACGUCAGCGACGUUAAUUUAUUCCCCCCCCCACCUUAAUGAGAUUCCCCCCCAAAAAAGAGGCCUAACCGGUGCGCCCUAUACUACUAUCGAUGAUAAUUUAAGACAACUGGUGUUAAUAAGACAAGAUCGUGUGCUUAUAAAUUAAAGUACUCGCUUCUUUACAAGUGAUUCUGGAAUUUUUUUUUUACUUUUCCAAAAAAAUGGGUCGGUCGGGCGAUGGGAAACAAAACAUUUUAUGGGGAUGGCCUAAGCGCAUUUUAAAGAAAAAGUUAAAAAAUUCAGAAAAUUCCGUUGAAUAAUUUGACACUUCUGUCAAAAGUCUUCUUAAAACUGUAGAAAAUUUAAAUAGUUUAGAUUCAAGAAGUCCUCACAAUUUAGUUCAUGUUGCCUCCUAGGUAUCGGCAAGACUGUUUUUACGCAGAAAGUCACUUUCGACUGGUCCCAGCAGAAAUUUCCACGAACAUUAGGAGCGUUUGAUCUUGUUCUUCUGGUAAGAUUACGGGACGUUUCUAAUCUCCGAGAUGUUCCGUCUAUAUUGGCGGCUUCAAGAGCGCUGGCUAGUGAUGGCACAGUUUCUGUCGACAAC